AUGAGCAGAACACGACACUACCUUUUGAGCACCGUUGGCAGCGGAUGUCGCGACGCGAUCACGGAGCGGGACGCUGAGGAGGCGGGGCGCGCGGAGAAGGAGCGCAUUGAGCGCAAGGCGCGGUGGGGAAAGGUGGGGCACGCUGCUUCUCACGGUGGACCAGUCGCUGCUGCUGCACGGCAGGACCUCGUGCCGCAUGACGCGCGCACGCUCAGGGCCAUGGUGUGGCGCCGCGGCGCGCGCAUGCAGGAGGCGUGGGAGUCCGUGGGGGGCGCCCAGGUGGUGCGCGCCGCGCUGGAGAGUGGCGGGUCGGAGAGGGGAGGGGCGGGCGAAAAGAGAGCGGGCGCGGUGGGGCGACCCCUGCACGUGGUGCACAUAGCAGCAGAGAUGGCUCCCGUUGCUAAGGUGCGCUGGACUCAUGGGGAACGGGGUUCCACAACGGAGAGGGGCGAGGAGGAUGCUGGUGGCAGGGUUGGGGAGAAUCAUGGGGGGAGGCGGGUGAGUGGUUGA